AUGAAGUUCCUCGCUCUCGCUACCCUCGCAUCCGUGGCGACCGCUGUGAACGUCGGAAUUACAUUCCACGGUGCCCGAGGCGAGUCCUACACCGUAUCAAUCCCGACCGAUCGCACGAACGUUCAAAUUGACAAUCCGAUGGUUGUCUACUCCGUCUCCUCCACCAAGGGUGGAUUUUGUAAUGUCGUUGGCGCCGAGGGAGAAGUGGUUGUGUUGUACUCGGAUAUGGAGAAGACCCUGCAGAAGCCUCAGGUUAUGAAGAGUGGAAAUUGCGGAACUAUCUAG